AUGGAGGGCUGCAGUGCAGCCGCUGCCCGCCCUGGCCCCAAGCAGUUGUGCCGAAAACAUGGCGGCAAGGAGCCUCAGCGGACAGGCCAGCGACCUCAGUUUGGCAGUCUAGGAUGCCAUGUAUAUUUGGAGAGUGGUCAAGGUCACCGUGGUGACUAA